CUGCUAUAAUAAUUAUUACACCAUCAGUAAUCACACACACACACUCUCUCUCUCUCUCUCCAUCUUGAAAAGAUCGUCCUCUCACUCCUACGGUCUUCAUUAGACCCCAUCAGAUCUACCUCUCAACAACAGAUCACUUAUUAUUGAUCUUUAUCAGCUUUCAAUCAAAACCCAUAAACCAAACAUCCGGAAGAACAGCAAUCAGCAAUAAAGGAUUUAGUUGCAGUCGGCCCGUUUGGAUUCGAGACGACAUGUUCAUGUCAAAUUUGGAUAUUCAUUUUCCAAAGCUGACAUGAAGGUGGUUAUGAUUGUGACCACAACGAGUGUCAAAGUCUUGUUAUGCCAACAACUAUCAUGUGAUUGAAACCGCUAGAGCAAAUUUCAGCCGCUAGAUAAGCUUCGAAGAUUAACAAAACCGUUGAUUAAUUGCAUGACUGCAAUUUUGUUAUUCUAAUUAGUGUUGUUACAGUUAUUUCCGGAAUGGAGACGGACAAUAUGAUCGCAAAAUCCCAUCCAAACACGACACAUAGGCUGCUUCCAGCUGUUUUACCGGUUCUGUUUAUUGCAAUUACAUAUGUUGACCCAGGAAAAUGGGUUGCAGCAAUCGAGGGUGGGGCCCGUUUUGGGUACGAUCUCAUUGUACUUAUGUUUGUUUUUAGUUUGGCUGCUGUUCUCUGUCAAUACCUUUCAGCUUCUAUUGCUGUGGUUACCGGGAAAGAUCUUGCGCAGAUUUGUAGUACGGAAUACGAUAAAGUCACAUGUGUAUUCUUGGGAAUUCAAGCAGAACUAUCUAUGAUCGCUUUGGACCUUACAAUGAUUUUGGGAACCGCACACGCGCUUAAUCUCACAUUCGGCAUCGGUCUCUUCACUUGUGUCGUUUUGACUUCUCUCGAUGCUUUUUUAUUUCCGGUUGUAUCUAGUUACUUGGAGUGUGGGAAAGCAAAGUUUAUAUGUAUGUGGUUAGCAGUCGUUGCGUUAUUUUCUUAUUUCUUUGGGGUUGUUACAAGUCAACGUGACACGUCACUGUCAAUGGGCGGGAUGCUUACAAAUUUAAGCGGUGAAAGUGCGUUUGCGUUAAUGGGUCUUCUUGGUGCAAGUAUCAUGCCUCAUAAUCUUUAUUUGCAUUCGUCUAUGGUUCAGCAAGAUCAGGGACCGACACAAAUUUCAAAGGGAGCUUUAUGCCAUGACCAUCUUUUCGCCAUUUCUUGCGUUUUCAGUGGCAUUUUCGUCAUUAAUUGCUUUCUCAUGAACUCUGCAGCAAAUGUGUUCUAUAGCACGGGCCUCGAUUUGCUUACGUUUCAGGACGCAUUGUCUCUAAUGGACCAGGUAUUUAGGAGCUUUAUGGCACCUUUCGCUUUAAUAAUCGUUCUGGUUCUUUCAUAUCACACAACAGCGCUGAUGUGGAAAUUCAGCGGCCAAUCGGUCCUCCUUAAUUUUUUCAAACUCGACAUUCCCGGUUGGUGCCAUCACUCAACGAUCCGAUUCAUUUCGUUAAUCCCCGCACUUCUAUCCACAUGGCAUUCGGGUGCCGAAGGUGCAUAUCAACUUAUGCUGUUUACUCAAGUAACGGUUGCGAUUUUGCUCCCGUCAUCAGUGGUCCCGCUUUUUCGUAUCGCUUCGUCAAGAUCGAUAAUGGGUGCGAACAAAAUUACGCAGUUUGUCGAGUAUGCAAUUUGGGUUACGUAUAUCGGGAUACUCGGGUUGGUGAUCGUGUUUCUCGUUGAGAUGGUGUUUGGAAACAGUGAUUGGGCUAGUAAUCUGAGGUGGACAAUGUGGGUCCCGUAUCUUUCCAUUCUCACGACUGCGAUUUUUUCCAUCUCGCUUAUGCUUUGGCUUGUUGUAACACCGUUAAAAUCCGCAAGUUCCGUACCCGAUGUUCCGACGUGGGAUAAUAUUCAAAAUGCUGUGCCCGAAUCAACGUUUGUCGAAGAAAAACAAGAAAGCCCGAAAGAAAUUCAAGAAAUGACGUUUACCAACGAACGUGACGUUGAUUCAGCUCGUGAUUUUAACUUGCCUGAUGAUCUUUUAGACUAUGAUAACGGCCCUCGUUUGACUACUAUUGAAGAAAAUUCUUCUUAUACUACACCUUCGUUGCAGCAGCCCGAGGAGUCACCGACCAUAGUCGAAAGUGUGUCGAGCCCGGUUUCGAAAAAGGAAAUUGAUGAUUCGGUUGAAAAGACGUUAAAAAUUGACGGAAACCUGCAUUUGGUUAAACCGCCUGACUGUGAACCCGAAGAUCCACCGAAAAUGGUAUCUGAAACAGGAACAGGAAAUGAAACGAACCAGUCUCCAACCUAUAACGGGCCGGGUUCGUUUAGGAGUCUUAGCGGGAAAAGCGAUGACACCAUGAGUGGGCCCGCGAGUCUUUCGAAACUAGCCGGGUUAGGGAGGGCCGCUAGACGUCAAUUGGCAACGACACUAGACGAUUUUUGGAAACUUCUUUUUGAUUUACACGGGGAAAUGACACAAGUUGCGAAAAAUAACAAACUUGAUAAAUUGCUCGGGAUUGAUUCUAAAGUAAACGUAAAGGCUAGCCCGGUUAUUACAAAUGUGACUAGCCCGGUUGUUACGAAUAUGAGUAGCCCCGAAAUCGAUCCAGUUUACGGGGUGCAACGGGGGUCAACUUCUUUGUUGACCAGCUAUCAGCAAUUACUGGAUGCAUAUACAACGAACCCUGGACUAAAUGUGAUGGAUCCUGAGAAACGAUACCAUAGUUUGCGGUUACCGCAUGCUUCGGGCCCAUACAUGGAUCAGCCCGCUACGGUUCACGGGUAUCAAAUCAAGUCAUAUAUAAAUCAAACCAAACAAACUUCCGAUUACUUUCAAAACCAGCUCGAACCGGUAUCUCCUAAAUCGCCACCACUUGUUUCAUCAAACUACAAAUCUCCGGUUUCCGUGACGAAAACCCAACAAAACGGGCUUCGGCCCGCAAAGCCACCGGGCUUUCCGGAUCCAGUUGUGUCCAGGAACAGCUCGAUGCAACCCGAACGAACUUAUCAAAAUAUUCAGCCCGUGGGCCUGGGCCCGGGCCCGGGCCCGGUUGAGAAUGUGCAUGAGAAGAAGUAUUACAGCAUGCCAGAUAUUUCGGGCCUCCUUCCAAAUCGGGAACCGAAAACUAUACCCGAAAGGGAUGGUGGUUCGAGAUACGGGACUCUCGGACAGUCGGUUUAUACAGGCCCGUUAUACAGAACCGGGUCAAUAUCCGGUUAUGGUGGUUUGUCGUAUUCGAAUUUAUCUAGGGAUGCAGCUGCUUACCACCCCGUUUCAAGUUACGGGUCAAGGUUAGGGUCAGGGUUAGGGUCAGGGUUAGGGUCAGACACGUGGUCCAUGUGGUCCAAACAACCAUCUGAACAGUUCGGUGUAGCCGAGAAGGUCAACUCGGUCAACCCGAGGCCCGAUUUGAGCGCUCAAGAGAUGACUACACCUGCUGUGGAUUCGGAAGCGAAUCUUAUAAAGUCUCUUAGGCUUUGCGUGUUUAAACUUUUGAAACUUGAAGGGUCUGAAUGGCUGUUUAACCAAAAUGGGGGGUUAGAUGAGGAUCUUGUGGACCGUGUGGCGGUUCGAGAAAGAUUUUUGUAUGAAAUUGAGGUGAAUCGGGUGGCUCGUGGUGGCGGAACGAAAGUUGAUGAAACCGAGUAUAAUAAGUAUCUUGUAACUUCGGUUCCUAAUUGUGGUGACGAUUGUGUUUGGAGAAUUGAGUUGAUAAAAAGUUUCGGUGUUUGGUGUAUGCAUAGGAUUCUCGAGCUUUCGCUUAUGGAAAGUAGGCCCGAGCUUUGGGGGAAGUACACCUACGUUCUUAAUCGUCUUCAGGGAAUAAUCGAACCGGCAUUUUCAAAACCGCGUGUGCCAACAAGCCCGUGUUUCUGCCUUCAAGUUCCGGACACAUGCCAACAGAGAUCAUCACCGCCCAAAUCCACCACCAGUUUUCCGCCGCAAGCGAAACCAAGCAGAGGGAAAUGCACCACCGCCGCCAGUCUCUUGGACAUAGUAAAAAACGUCGAGACCGCCAUCUCAUGUAGAAAAGGUCGACCCGGAACCGCAGCCGGUGAUGUGGCAUUCCCUAAAGGAAAAGAAAACCUGGCGUCCGUCCUUAAACGGUACAAACGCCGGUUGCUAGCCGUGGCUCCAGAUGGGCUUAGCCGCAGCCCAUAGGUCUCGGCCUCUUGGGCUUCUUUUUUUGGGUUAUCUGAUAUUUAUAAAAAAAAAAAAAAAAAAAAAAAAAAAACCUCGAUCUUUCGGUCUUUCUUAGCUUCCAGGUUUUAAAUUUUGUGUUCGGCUACGAUGGUGGUGGUGACGACGAGGACACGAUACGAUGGUGUGAUGGUGAUGGUGUAGGUUUGGGCUUGGAAGAACAAGAGAUGUUCUAAGUAGAAUAAUGGAGCUUUUUUUCUUUUUCUUUUUUUUUUCUUUUUAGGUAGGCCUGAAACGAUGUCGUUAUGUUGUGUAAAUAUUUCUAGGCUAGCGACAAGAUGGGUCUACUAUCAAGAUGAGAUGAUCUUUGUGUUUGUUUGGUUUUUUUUUUUUUUUUUUUUUUUUUUUUAAUUCCA